CGAAGACUGUUUUCUGCCUGAUAUUUUUUUUUAUCUCCUCAAUAGCAAUGGUGACGCUUUAUUGUCAUGUGAUCAGGGUGCUGGUAUAAAGCGCAAGGAAAGGUCCGCCCUCUUUGGAAUCCUGGUUUGGCCUUUAGGAGGGUCUCCCCCGAUACUCCCACUAUAGAACACGCGUGUGGAUGUUGCGAUCUAGGCGACCUCUUGAUUCAGAGUCGAUAUCAAUCCAUUAAAAGUCUAUGGCACUGGUGACACACUGGCCCGUCCUCUCUGCCACUCGCGUAUCUGCUCGACGCGUCUUAUGACUUCUCCAGAAUCGAGAGCGCAGGUAACACGCAGGCUCAGCACAUCCAGCGCUUCUCCGCCGUAGCCCAUCAGGCGAGAGAGAGAGCCAUGACUUUGAGCUCCGAGAUGUCGGAUGCGUCUGUGCUCUCGGAGGAGACCGACAUCGACGUGGUUGGGGAGGGAGAUGAUGGUGACGGGCACACACGCUCCUACGUGGACGAGGUGGCUCAGAUGCACGACGAGAUCCUGCUCAACGGUUCCCUGCCUUGUGUGGAUGCCUCCACCGCACGGGACCCCUACAAGCCAGCGACAAAAAACACCCUGGUAAAACCCCCAUACUCCUACAUCGCACUCAUCACCAUGGCAAUCCUCCAGAGUCCCAAGAAGCGUCUGACGCUCAGCGAGAUCUGUGACUUCAUCAGUAACAGAUUUCCAUACUACCGGGAAAAGUUCCCAGCUUGGCAGAACUCUAUCCGACACAACUUGUCCUUAAAUGACUGUUUCGUCAAGAUACCUAGGGAGCCUGGGAACCCAGGUAAAGGCAACUACUGGACACUGGACCCAGAGUCAGCCGACAUGUUUGAUAACGGGAGUUUUCUACGGCGCCGGAAACGCUUUAAACGCCAGCAAGCGCCGGAACUUCUCCGGGAGCACGGAGGCUUCCUCCCCGCGCCCGCUGUAUACGGCUACGGACCUUACGGUUGCGGAUACGGUCUACAGCUUCAGUCUUACCACGCGCAUUCUGCGCUCCUCGCCUUUCAGCAGCAGCAACAGCAGCCGUCUCCCCCGUCCCGGCAUCCACACACCGGAACUCUUAUCCCCGCGCCUUCCCUCAUGCCAAACACAACGGAGCUCGUCCGCUCGCGCUUCUAUCCUCCACUAAGUCCCGGUCUUUCCUCCCCCAUACAGACUGCGGUCAAGUCCCCGGUUCACCGUUCUCCUUUCUCCAUAGUCAGCAUAAUUGGGAGCUCUUUAAGCCCUACGAACUCGCACUGUCCCUCACGGACUUCCCCGGUGGUCCCAGUGCUGCCGCCGACCCUCGCGUCUCAGCACUCCCCAAACCCGCCACAUCCCCUCCAUGGAGUUUUGCAUGGACCGACGUCUUUACACGAAACCUACGCCAACAGGAUUGUCAGUGGCACGAACGGCUGUUAAUUUCUUAACUAAACGUCUAAAUGUUUUAAAGCGAUACACUCCUAUGUUUAAGGUAGGAUUAUUUUUGUAUUGUUUUGUUUCUUUUUUUAAACGCAGCUGAAUGGUGAACAGUAACACUUCCGUGCCUAUAUUCAAGCUGUGAAAUAUAAAAUAUAUAUUUAUGUUAACAUUUAAGUUUAAUCCAAUUUCCGCCCCCACGAACUUUUCGUUGUCAAUUUGAUUGUGGUAAUCACUGCAUAGGGCGUCUCAGGACAACAUUUUUAACAGGAUAUCAAAAUAAUUGUCAAAUGUCUACAAUUAUAUAUUUUAUGUGAAAACACAAAUGUUUUCUAGUUUGACAAUUUUUUUUAUUAUUUUUUUUUUUUAUUAUUAUUCACUUUGUAAAUGAAAAUUCACGAGGGUUAAAAAUCGAGCGUUUUUUACGUGUACAUCUCAACACAAUGUACAUUCUUUGGUAUUGUAUACUCGGAGUGUGAUAUUUUUUACACAGUCUGUUUUUCAUUAAUAAUAAAUAUUGUUUUACAAAAUGAAAUGAGUGGAAAUUAACUCAUUGAUAGACAGCUACACAGUCUUCUCCACAGCUUUCAAUGAUUCUACUAUGAUUUAGGCCUUCACUUUGCCUUGAUCCUUUUAAGUAUCCUGAAAAUAAAUCCAACCAC